GUUUGAGGCAGCUGUUCAUGUGUGUCCUCUCCAAGCUGGAGUGCAGCAGGAGGUUGUGUGCAAAGACGACACAUGCAAAGCCACUUACUUAAGGAAAAGUAAUAGAGUUUACCUGCUGACAUGUCCAUCUGAACUCUUCUGUCCAAGCUGACACAACAUAAUGGCUGAUGCUGCAUGGUGGUUUCCAGUGGAUGCUUACAAUGGAGUGCUGCAGUAGGAUGCACGGCUUCGUGCCUGCUUGGUUGCCGCCACAAAUGAUUUUCAACCUCUACUUGGUCAUCUUAUUCAGUUGCACAGUCUUGUCCCAGCCGGGUUUGGAGGAGGUGUUCUUCAGUCCACAGGAUCAGAGCGUCCGGGAAGGAGAGGGUGUUUCCUUCCAAUGUGUGUCUGGUGAAAGUUUGUCCCUCACUAGCAUCUUCUGGCUCAAAGAUGGACAUGUGGUCACCAAAGGGAGGCAAAUCCAGGGCGAGUACGGCGGUGGCCAGCAGAAGAAGACAUCAGGAACUCUUCAUCUCCUCAACGUAAGCUUAGAGGACGAUGGGAGGUACGUCUGUGUGACGUAUAGUCCUUCAUUAAACAUCAGCAAGAACAGCCAUCCCGCCAAGCUUACCGUGCUGGGAGUCCCUCACCGACUCAGAAUCACACGGGGCCCUGACAACACCACUGUCGCUGUGGGAACCGAGGUCUCCAUGCACUGUGCUGUGCAAGGCUUCCCUGUUCCCAUGGUGCACUGGUUCAAAGACGACUGCCUCCUGACAAAGUGCUCGGCCUCAUUCAACCUCCACAACAAUGGACAGCUGCUUACAUUCAGUAAUGUAAGCAAGGAAGAUGAAGGCUUCUAUCGCUGUGAAGCAUCAAACCUGAAGGAGUCAAUUCAGUCGCAAGCAGCGUUCCUUCUUCUAGCCGAGAUGGACUGGAACUUCAUCCAGCAGCCCACAAACGUGACGGCAGAGAAGGGAGACAACGUCACCCUCUCCUGUAGGCCGCCAUAUAGCCGACCUGCAGCGAGCGUGUCCUGGUUCAAAAACAACCAUCUCCUCCGUCCUACAGAUCACGUCAAUGUGCUCACUGGUGGAGACCUCCUCAUCCUCAGCGUCCAAGAGGAGGACAGCGGAAUCUACUUCUGCAGAGCCGCUAACGUCCACAUUCAAAGAUACGUCACGUCCAGAAGAGCUACGGUGACAGUCCACGCCGCUCCAUCAGUGAGACUGUGGCCUCACGCUUUAACGGUACCACUUGAGGGCCGAGUGUCUCUGUAUUGUCAGGUGUCAGGUGAACCCCCUCCUUCCAUUAGCUUUGUUAAGAGGGGACAUUCUAAGCAGACGGGGGCCAGGAUGGCACUAGGGCUGAGAAAUGCAACGCUCCAUAUCGAAUCAGCUCGUAGCUACGAUGAAGGAGCGUACGUGUGUGAAGCCACCAGCACACUCGGUCACAGUCGAGCAACAGCAAAACUCACAGUCGCUGUUAGUCCCAUUAUUGUGACCUAUGCGGGUCAGGUGACGUGCAAGGUUGGUGCGUCAGCAGUUCUGCCCUGCGUUGCCGUCGGGGUUCCACCCAUCUGGUACAACUGGACCCGGGGCGCACCAGAGAUAAAGCAGCCCAUUGGCACCUCUGACAGAAAACACAUCGAUGAAGAUGGCGCUCUGCAUCUUUCGAACGUGCAGUGGUCAGACGCAGGCGAAUAUUUCUGCACUGCUGGGAACCGGGCGGGACGACACAAGAGACGUACCAUCCUCAGUGUCACCGCUGAACAUCACCUGCAAGAUGGAGGGCAGCAGACAAGGGCGGUCUUGUCUGCCAGCAACAACACCAGCGAUCGGUCCCAACAUCAUCCUUCCACUAAUGCCAGGAAGACACAGAAGCCUCACAUGCAGGAAGAGUACAACAUGGCCAAAUUAUGCUCAUCAUCACACUGCGAUAGGACAGCAAACACUCUACCAAAAGCUGAGAUAAGGGCCCCUCCCACGAUCUCGCCUUCGGUCCCUCACAUGCAACCUCCCAUGCUGCCGCCUCCUCCCUACCCCAAAUUCCAAAUCCUCAGCACUCGAAAGCCGACGACCGCCAAGCCCCUCUUGUAUUCGAGGAUCCAUCAUCAUCUAGCGACACAUCUUCAGCUACAAGUUGGGGAGAAAUUAUCAGCAGAGUCCAGUUCUAAAGGUCUUGAUGGUCACAGUAUGGAAUCUUUACAAGAAACUCUACUGAGUGGACAUUUACCGACUCCUGAGGAUCAAUCCUCGACAUCACAAAUCAAUUUACAUCCAUCAACAAGCCACGGUUCUCAAACAAAACUGGUCAGAACAAACCGUUCUUCCAUUACAGUAACUUCUCUUUUUCCCAAGUUCCAAUUGGGUCUUACACCAACACAGCAUCCUGAAUCCCAAAUACCAAGUCUAACCUCAACAAAACUAUCCAUAGAAACACCUCCUACAGACUUUAACUCAUUGCCUCCUCAAACAGAUUCUUCACCUUCUGUCUUUACUCAUCCUCCUGACCCCUCAACAUUGGAUCCUUUGGAGAGUUUAGGUCAGUUAAAUGCUAGUCAACCUCAGCAGCGUCGCCCAGUGGAGACGUCCAAAGCAGAAGACAAGGAGCAGAGGAACACCUCGCAGUCACCUAUGACCAGCAACCACCCACAUUACAGCGUUACUCAGCAGUCGCCGUCAUGGCUCCCCGUCCUGGAAAAACAUGACGUGCCCAUCGUGGUGGGAGUGGGCGUGUCGCUGGCCUUCAUCUUUGUCACCGUGGCCUUCUAUUCGGUGGUGCAGAAGAACGAGCCGGCGCCGACGAGCCGCGCAGCACAGAGGAAUCUCGGCGUCCCUGUACGCCACGCAGAACGUCGAGCUGCGGGACGGACAUAUGAAAACAGAGCCUUCGAAGAUGACGAGUGCGUGGCAGUGAUCGAGCACAACACCAGCACGUGCGACACCCGAGCCAGACCCCCAGGGCUCAGCCUGGUCACAGUGCAGAUGGAGCCCACCUGCGAGGACCUUCAUGAGGAGGCGCACACAUGCCCACGGGGUGACCACUCGGUCACCGUGGAGACGUAUCCUGAAGCUAUUGCAGACACUAAGAUUGACGCCUGUGUGGAGGAGGAGAAGGCCUGUUCUCCUCCCAGUCCUCCCAGCAUCCAGCAGCAGUGCGCAGAGGACUGGCAAAGUAACGCAGGAGACAACCACAGCUUCUGCCAGGACACCUUGCCUCCCCCAUCAACCCCCUCACCCACACCUUCACCCUUGCCCUCUCCACGCGACGCCGGCCUACGCUCCUCUCUGACCCUGCAAGGCACCGAGUCUCUGGCGGCGCCUAUCCACCACAGCCUCAGCAUCUCGCAUGGCAGCCCUCCACUGACGCUCUCCCACUACGUCUCCUUAGGACACACUACCGUGGCGGUCGACGUUCAUUUUUACCCCGUGGCCACAAGGGCUCCCAUCAAUUCUGCGUCCACUUUCUCGUCAUCGUUUGUGCCACGCUUAGCGAACAGCCAAGACAGCGACAAGGCCAGGGUUGAUCACAACAAAUAAACACUAAACGCACAUUUGUAUUUACAAACCCUGUUUCCAUAUGAGUUGGGAAAUUAUGUUGCACGUAAAUAUAAACGGAAUACAAUUAUUUGCAAAUUAUUUUCAACCCAUAUUCGAUUGAAUAUGCUACAAAGACAACAUAUUUGAUAUUCAAAAUGAUAAACGUUUUUUUUUUUGCAAAUCAUUAACUUUUAAAUUUGAUGCUAGCAACACGUGACACAGAAGUUGGGAAAGGUGGCAAUAAAUACUGAUAAAGUUGAGGAAUGCUCAUAAAACACUUAUUUGAACAUCCCACAGGUGUGCAGGCUAAUUGGAAACAGGUGGGUGCCAUGAUUGGGUAUAAAAACAGCUUCCCAAAAAAUGCUCAGUCUUUCACAAGAAAGGAUGGGGCGAGGUACACCCUUUUGUCCACAACUGCGUGAGCUAAUAGUCAAACAAUUUAAGAACAACCUUUCUCAAAGUGAAAUUGCAAGAAAUUUAGGGAUUUCAACAUCUACGGUCCAUAUCAUCAUCAAAAGGUUUCAGAGAAUCUGGAGAAAUCACUCCACUUAAGAGGCAUGGCCGGAAACCAACAUUGAAUGACCGUGACCUUCGAUCCCUCAGACGGCACUGUAUCAAAAACCGACAUCAAUCUCUAAAGGAUAUCACCACAUGGGCUCAGGAACAGUUCAGAAAACCACUGUUCCUAAAUACAGUUUGUCGCUACAUCUGUAAGUGCAAGUUAAAUCUCUACGAUGCAAAGCAAAAGCCAUUAAUCAACAACAUCCAGAAAUGCCGCCGGCUUCUCUGGGCCCCAGAUCAUCUAAGAUGGAUUUAUGUAAAGUGAAAAAGUGUCCUGUGGUCUGACGAGUCCACAUUUCAAAUUGUUUUUUGGAAAUAUUCGACAUCGUGUCAUCCGGACCAAAGGGGAAGCGAACCAUCCAGACUUUUAUCGGCGCAAAGUUCAAAAGUCAGCAUCUGUGAUGGUAUGUGGGUGCAUUAGUGCCCAAGGCAUGGGUAACUUACACAUCUGUGAAGGCACCAUUAAUGCUGAAAGGUACGUACAGGUUUUGGAACAACAUAUGCUGCCAUCUAAACGCUGUCUUUUUCAUGGACGCCCCUGCUUAUUUCAGCAAGACAAAGCCAAUCCACAUUGAGCACGUGUUACAACAGCGUGGCUUCGUAAAAAUAGAGUGCGGGUACUUUCCUGGCCCGCCUGCAGUCCAGACCUGUCUCCCAUAGAAAAUGUGUGGCGCAUUAUGAAGCAUAAAAUACGACAGCAGAGACCCCGGACUGUUGAACGACUGAAGCUCUACAUAAAACAAGAAUGGGAAAGAAUUCCACUUUCAAAGCUUCAACAAUUAGUUUCCUCAGUUCCCAAACGUUUAUUGAAUGUUGUUAAAAGAAAAAGUGAUGUAACACAGUGGUGAACAUGCCCUUUCCCACUUUGGCACGUGUUGCAGCCAUGAAAUACUAAGUUAAUUAUUAUUUGCAAAAAAGAAAGUAAAGUUUGUGAGUUUGAAAAUCAAAUAUCUUGUCUUUGUAGUGCAUUCAACUGAAUAUGGGUUGAAAAGGAUUUGCAAAUCAUUGUAUUCCGUUUAUAUAUAUACAUCUAACAAAAUUUCCCAAUUCAUAUGGAAACGGGGUUUGUACACUUGAACCCCCAAAGCAGAGGGUCUAAAGUAAAUUUUUGGCAACUUUAAAGUUAAAACAUUGCCAAUGUGCCAUCAACCAAUGGAUAUUUUCAAUAUUGUUAGUCAUUGAGCAUGAGCAUUACACUGUUCAUUAAGUGCAUACAUUUAAUAUGGAGAUAUCAAUUCACACAAUAUUUCACAUCCAUGGUCCAAAUAAGGGCUGGGCGACAUGGCCUUUUUUUAAUAUCUCAACAUUUUUUGACCAUAUCGCGAUACACCAUAUAUAUCUCGAUAUUAUGCCUUAGCCUUGAAUGAACACUUGAUUCAAGUGAUUCUAUGUGUCUACAUUAAAACAUUCUUCUUCAUACUGCAUUAAUAUAUGCUAAUUUUAAACUUUCAAGCAGAGAGGGAAAUCACAACUAAGUCAAUUUAGCAAAACUGUAUUUAUUAAACAGUUAUCAAGCAGUGGCACAAACAUUCAUGUCAUUUCCAAAACAUAAAGUGCAAGAUUGUCAGAGACAUUUUAAAACAAGCUAUGAGUGCACUUAGGUGCAUGAUGUCACUAAGAUGACAUCAAAACAACACUAAAUUAAAGUGCACUUUUUGUACAGAACGCCACUAAAAUACUUUAAAACAAAUAAAGUGCACUUUUGUGCAUGAUGUCACACAAUAAAAAUGUGCUGCAUAAUAGGAAAUCAAACACUGUUCGUCCUUCGCUAUGUGGUAGGUUCAACCAGAACAAACUUAGGAGGUGCACAAGCAGGAACUAAAUGAGUCCAAAACUAACAGAAAACACAAAAACAUGAUCCGGACCAAGGAUCAUGACAAAGACACACUGUAAUGAACAGCCACAGUACCGAAAGGCCUGGAUCAUUUUCCCACUUUCUGGUUGAAGUUUGAUUUUCACUUCUAUGGUUAUUAUCACAACUAUCCUGGCACUAAUCAGCAAUGGUAUUCUGAAUUGUCUUAUUUGAGGACCUAGUUGUUUUUUUAUAUAAAAAUUUACCGGAAAGGAAAAUAUUGGACUUUUUUUCUACUGCAUAGGUAUCUGUGGAUUGUUAUCUUAUGAUCUGAUGUAACAUCAGGGCUGAAUGGAAAAUGCCAACGUAUGUAUUAAUUCUAAUUGUUUCAAGUAAAUAUUUCUUCAAAAUGGAACUAAUUUUGUUUUCUCUUUGAUUUAGGUUUAGUAAAGCGUUGUUGAGUAUUUAUUAAUGCCACAUUUAACAUGUUUUUGCUGUGUUUAAAUACAAUUUAACCUAAUAACAGCCCUGAAUGCAUUCAGAGGUAUUCUUUAGCACACAGUCCAAUAUGUAUUUACUGUACAUCAUGUUAUCUUUAUAUUGUCUAUAUUGUAAUAAUAUAGAUAUUUUGAGAGGUGUGUAAGCAGGUGUUUUAGUAGACCUAAAUGUGUUGUUUUGAAGUAUGCUUAGCAAACCAGCCAAGGACUUUCUGACACUUUUGGUCAUCAACUAUUGCAAAUGUGCGUUUUGUUUCAAUUUGAUCAACUGUUCGACCUGACUGUUAACUGAAUACAUUUAAAAGACCAAAGGAGGCUAAGAUGGGCUACUACAUUGAUGCUUUUGCACAAUACUAAUAAUAUAAUAACAAGUAUUCAAAUACAUUGAAAUAAAACAUCAUUGUUACUUA